CUCAAACUAACACCUUUUUAAUCUGUGUUUUUCUGUUUUGUUUUGUUUUUUCCGUGUUUUUCCUGUUUUUAUUCAUGUUUUUCUGGUUUAGUCCGUGAUUGUUUUCUGUUUUUGUCCGUGUUUCGUUGAAAUCUUCGUUAAGCAGCAGGUCCUGAUGGCGGUCUCCCAGGUGUCCCCCGGUCUCUUCCUGUCUGAUCUGGACUCGGCUCUGAACCUGGCGGUUUUAUCGAACAGGAACGUCAGUCUGAUCGUCAACGCCAGCGGACUGGAGGGCGUGUCCUACCCGCAGAUGGACGGUCUGGAGGUGGUCCAUGUUCUGGUCCCGGACCAACCCCACGCCCCCCUCGGACUCUACUUUGACCCCGUGGCGGAGCGGAUCCACGAGAACCGGACCGGGACGACCCUGGUCCACUGCGUGGCAGGCCGGAGCCGAUCCCCUGCCCUGGUCAUGGCCUACCUGAUGAGGUUUGAGGGUGCCAGCCUCCGUCGGGCCCAUGAGCAGGUCCUGGAGACGCGUCCGUUCAUCCGACCCAACGCCGGGUUCUGGAGGCAGCUCAUGGACUAUGAGAAGGCACUGAGCGGCAGGAACACGGUGCAGAUGGCGAGGACGGGGGGCGGAGUCCUGCCGCAGGCCCUGGAGGAUGCCGAGGUCACCACGGAGACGUACUGCAUCAAUGUGUGAAGGACUGGGGAAACCAGAACCACCUGACCCUGGACCUCAUGGGACCCAGAGGGGGCGGAGCCACUGAAGGUAUUUCCUGACGAUGCUCAUAGAAAUGGAAAUGACCUGAAGGUUUUCUCUCAUCGGAGGUUUGUUUUUCAAAGUUAAAUCAAAGGGAAAAGGAAACAGGUUUUUCUAGAUGCUUCAUGUGAAACUUCAGAAACAGAACCUCUACUUCUACUGUUCAUUAGAACCAUGUGUCGGUGCUACAGCGCCACCUGGAGACACAGACUGAUACUCAUGUUUUUCAGUUUAAUGACUUCAAAUCUUAUUGGCGCCGUUUACACUGACCAUAAAAAUCCAAUAACUGAUCAGAUCUGAUGCACUUUAGAAAUACAAUAACCAAUGAACCCUGGUUUAAAUGUUUGAGUUCAUCAUUAAAUUUAUUUCAGACUAUGUGACGAUAGAAUCAAACUUCCCGUUAUCAUUGUCCACUAACGUUUGACUACGUCACUUCUGUUUUCCAUGAUUUGUUGUUUGUCCACAUGUUCAGAUGUAACAGAACAAACUACAUCAGAUGAACCUGUUCACCUGCAUGAAGACAAGGGAGGACAGGUGUUAAUCUGAUUUAUUAUAAUCAGAUUAUACCAUUUAUACAAUCAAUAAUUAUCUGAAAACUCCACUGAUCAGAUAAUGAUCAGAUUUUUACUGUGGAUGUAAACGGGGUCAGUGUUCGUCUGGAUUCAGUUCAUUUUCUGUCACAUGAAGUUAGUUCUGACUCAAGUUCAUCUCAUCGUUCAGCUGUUUUAUUUUUCACUGAAAGAAACGACACGGAUGAAAAGUCUGAGGAUGAUUUGUCGUCACUGGUUUGUUCAGAUUCUAAGUCUGAACUGUUCAGAACUUUUUUCUCUCGGGUUUAAAGCUUUUCUUCUAACCGUUUAAACCUUCAGAACGUUGACUGUAUUUGGUGCUAAAUGAAUAAAACUGAGUUCAUGUUAAACUUUUGUUAAACGUCUGGCUCAUUUCAGCCUUUUUCUGGUUCAAUAAAACCACAGACAUCGAUGAUA